CCCCUCCCAUCGCUGGGGAGGGAAGUGAGUGUGCGACAUCCUGACACGCGACUCCCAGCCACUCACACCGAUACCAGCGCUCUGCACGCCUGCUCCUCCAGCUCUGCUGCUGCUGCCUGCACCGGAGAUCUGCCCCAGGCCGGCCCCUACAUGCACAGUGACAGAUCAGGGUGGCACCCCGAGCUCUGGGCGUUCCAGUAGGGGAUGGGUGACAGGCAACUGGGCAUCCAAAGCUCAACGGGACAUUGUGACGCCCCCCCGCGCAACUGUCCGGCCACGGCUAUGCCAUAAGAUGCAGAACACAUCCUGCACGGAGGACAGGAUUCAGCACGCCCUGGAGAGAUGCCUGCACGGCCUGGGAGGGAACACAGACUUCUCAUCCAAUUGGACAGCUGGGCUAUGCCUCAAUUACUGGAGCCUGGAGGAACUAGUGAACCGCGAUGCGACCAAUUAUAUUAUCCUGGCAGAGAAGACUUUGGAAAGAACAAGGGAGGCGCAGGAAAAUGGCGAAUACGAGCUUCUGGCGCCGCUGGCGCUGAUGUUUUACUUUGCCGUGCUUCGGGCUCCGUACAUCCCCGAAACCUCCGACCUGCUCCCCAAAGCCUUCGAGGGGUUCCACACGUUCCUGACGUGGCCGGCCCCCUACUGCCACAUCUUCCGGGAGCUGCUGAGUUUUAUCAGCGAGGAGCAGAAAGCACCAGGAAUCACCUACCAGCGACUGGUGAGAGCCGAACAGGGAAUUCCCACAAGGUCGUCCUGCAACAGCACUGUCACGGUGCUGUUGGUUAACCCAGCAGAACUUCCCAGCGAGUUCCUGUCGGUGGCGGAACAACUGAGUAAUGCCGAGUACCCUACCCAGCAAACACUCAUCUCCCUGAUCCAGCAGCUUCUCCAAGCCAACCUCGGGGCAGAUGCCCACAUUGAAGCCAUUGGUGCAUCUCUAAAGUCUAGACCAAUAGAGAAGCUGCAGGAGAUCUACUCGGACCUGACAGAGGCAAUGGAGCGAGCAGCAAUGGCUGACAUUAAGCCGGGGAAGACGAGGGAGUCUCUAAAGGCAAAACUACUGGAAGUGGCAGAGAAAGCCGGGCUCCUGGGGGAAAACACAGGGACCAAUGUGACCUGCAGAAUCCAGCCCUUCGCCAUGCCUGUAGCCAAGUGUUACACAUACAGUUGGGAUCAGGAUGACUUUGAUAUCCUGAACCAGGUCCUUCUGAGCGAAAGCCAUCUCGAGUCUCUAGAAGACGAGGUCACUGAGGAAGACGAAGAAGUGGAUUUCGAGGAGGUUGAUGAUAAAGAAGACGAGGACGGUGGCGACUCUCCCAAACAGGAUUUUGCCAAAAGUUACGUCUACUGGAACUUUCCCAGUGACUCGAAAGAAGCCAUGAGCAUGUCCAACCUUUCCAGCCAAUCGAUGACCUUCGUUUCAAGCCUUUCCAGUUGUGUUGACAGUGGCUAUGUGGAAGACAGCGACGAAGGCUCCCAGGAGAUAUCAGAGAUGGGGGAGUAUCAAGAGGAGAGAGCCAAUAGCAAGCUGAAACAGAAGAUCUGCCGUCUCUUUAAAACCAAAGUUCACCAAGCCAAGGGCAAGUUGAAAGCCGAGCUCAGCCCUUGUAUCUCCCACCCCUUGCUGAGCCCAUUUCCUGACCUAUCAAAGACAAUUCCCUUGCGCAGAGCGGGAAGCAUGUACACCCCGCAAGUCAGCAGGAUUCCUGUGCGGUCUAAGAGGUCCAAGUCCCUGCCGCAGCACGCUCUCGGGACCCAGUUCCUGGAGGUCCAGUUAAGCCAGAAGGUGGCCUUCAAGAGAAGACCUUUUUUGAGCUGCGACGAGGAAACCAAAGUUUCCACACUGAGGGUCGUGGUGUUCGGUUCAGACCGGAUUUCCGGGAAAGUGGCCAGAGCAUAUAGCAAUCUACGGCUGAAGGAGAGCAGUUGCCCGCUACUCACAAGGUUCUUCAAGUUGCAGUUUUACUACGUUCCAGUAAAAAGAAGCAGUAGCUCUCCGAAUGCACCACUGACAAACGCCGAAUCUCCUCUCAAGUCCCCAAGCCCAUCUGGAAGGUCCCCAUUAGAGGAUAUAUUUGGAGAUGAAGGAAGCACUAAUGAUAUCUCUCACUACAUUGGUAUCCUGGACCCCUGGUAUAAACGCAAUAUCAUGGGCCUGAUGGACCUCUCCACCUCCAUGCUUUGCCAGUCAUCGAAGCCAGAGAACGAGGCCACUGAGACCACCACAAUGCCCAUUCUGGCUGACAUGGUGCUGUACUACUGCCGCUUUGCCACAAGAUCGCUUCUCUUGCAGUUGUACCAGGCUGAGAUCACAUUUGAUGGUGGAGGGAAGCAAACAGAAGUGUUCAUUCAGUGCCUGGAGUUGGGUCAUUCUGCGGCUUUGAGAGCCAUUAGGGCAUCAGGGCCAGGCUGCAAGAGGCUUGGGAUUGAUGGAGACCGAGAUGCGAUUCCAUUUACACUACAGAUUGUCUACAGCAAGUCGUCAGUCAGCGGGCGCAGCCGGUGGAGUAACGGCGAGAAGGUCUGCACAUCCGUCAGCCUCCGGAAAGCCUGCACUACCUACCAGGAGCUGGACAGCAAAACCGAGUGUCUGAAUCUCACUGUGAGAGAGGUUGUGAAGCGGCAGAACUCAAAGACAAAAAAGAGCUUCAACCAGAUCUGCACUUCCCAUAUCAAGAUCGACAAAGCCCAGAUCAUCGCCCAACAUGGCGGCACCUUCCCUUUAUGCCUGGACCAAGACGAGCGCAAAAUACUCCAGAGGGUUAUAAAAUGCGAAGUGUCUCCGUGUUACAAACCAGAAGGCAGAGACUUCUGCAGAAGGAACCGGCCACCAUCUUGGAGCCAAGCAUCUCAGAACCAAUCGGAAUUCUGCUCCCUGCUGUGUUUGCCGAUUGCGACAUUUAGUGGGGCUCAACCCUAGAGGAGCCAGGAAUUGUGGGAAAGCCUUUCUAAUCCAUACACCCGCUGACCAGCCUUGUGGACAUUUGGGCGCUUGAUCCACAAGUGGUUCUUGGUCUUUUCUUGGAAAUAUGUGGUGCUUGGGCCAUUCUGGUACGAUAUUUAAUGAACGCACGUGGUGCUCAUCUGGUUGGAAACCCCAAGGAUCUAAUGCACUGAAGAGACCACUAAUCUGCCAAUGACAAGAUGUCUCUUUGGGGAGGAAAACCACCGACUGUUCCUUCCUUUGCCAUGUUCUUCUCGGAUUCUCCAAACUCCAAUAGGAAAUAGUGAAAUUCACCCAGCGGCUCUUAUGCCCCACAUCUCUCCCUUGACUUUAACAGUUGUGGAACGUUCCCUAUUGGCUGACCAGUUAUAUUAAAGCUAUGGCAGGUGUAGAUGGAUUCCAGUCUUCCUUCUCAAGAUGUCUCAAUCCUUAGUCAGCAACUUCAGGUACCAGGGGGCCACCCAUUCGGCACCCGUACUUACCCACUUACAUCUAAUAUUGCAGCACAGAAUCAAGCGCAUUACUGGUCACUAUCCAAUCAGAUAAGGCAACUUGUUCUUCCAUCGGUGGCGCUGUGUGUCUUCUUGCCGCCAUUUUGAUUUGCACUCUCGUUCUAUAUUACCUCUCUCUCUACAUAUAUAUAAUGUAAAUAUAUUUUAUUAUUUUUAUGGGCAUUUGUUCCAUUUGAGAUAUUUAAAUCAUCAUGCACAUUUAUGACUAAUACCCCACAAUGGUAUCUGCCUAAUUCCCUUUGGUUCCCCCCCUAGUGGCAGUGUGUAUAGCUUCCUGACCAAUCAUGUUGCCCUUUACGCUUGUGGAAUAAACCAAAUCGGCCAUAAUCUGUGGAAUUGCACUUGAGAGCCCUACAAGCCUUUUAACCAUUUGAUAAUUAUGUGUGCGCUAAAGAUGAUGAGAAAUUUUGGAUUUUUUUUUUUUUACGCUGUAAUUUUGAAACAUAAAAAGCAAACCUGUCUGUAAAUUAUGAGUUAAUUAAAUAUAUAUGUGUGUAUAUACUGAUCACAAUAAAUUUUAAGUAUCAAUGUA